AUGGAAGCAGGAAACCACACAGAAGUAUCAGAAUUCCUCCUCCUGGGUCUCUCAGAGGAUCCUGAACUGCAGCCCCUGCUCUUUAGAGUGUUCUUGUCCAUGUACCUGGUCACCAUGCUCGGAAACCUGCUCAUUAUCCUGGCUGUUAGCUCUGACUCCCACCUCCACACCCCCAUGUAUUUCUUCCUCUCCAAUCUGUCCUUUGUUGACAUCUGUUUUACCUCCACCACUGUCCCAAAGAUGCUGGUGAACAUCCAGGCAGAGAGCAAAGACAUCUCCUAUAUUGAAUGCUUAACUCAGGUGUACUUUUUUAUGAUUUUUGCUUUACUGGACAAUUUCCUCCUGACUGUGAUGGCCUAUGACCGGUUUGUGGCCAUCUGUCACCCCCUGCACUACACAGUCAUCAUGAACCCAUGGCUCUGUGUCCUCCUGGUUCUGAUGUCUUGGUUCAUCAGUUUCUGGGUCUCCCUGCUUCAUAUUCUGCUAUUGAGGCACCUGACUUUCUGUAUAGGCACUGAAAUUCCACAUUUCUUCUGUGAAUUGGCUCAGAUUCUCAAGAUGGCCUGCUCUGACACCCUCAUCAAUAAUAUCGCCAUGUAUGUAGCAACUGCCCUGCUGGGUGUGUUUCCCCUCACUGGAAUCCUCUUCUCUUACUCUCAAAUUGUCUCCUCUUUACUGAGAAUGUCCUCUUCAGGGGGAAAAUAUAAAGCAUUUUCCACCUGUGGGUCUCACCUCUCUGCAGUCUCCUUGUACUAUGGGACAAGUCUGGGUGUCUACUUCAGUUCUGCUGUGACUCAUUCUUCCCAGAGAAGCUUGAUCGCCUCAGUGAUGUACACUGUGAUCACCCCCAUGCUGAACCCCUUCAUCUACAGCCUGAGGAACAAGGAUGUGAAGGGGGCCCUGAAAAAUCUCCUUAGCCGAGCAGCACCUUGUCCAUGA